CGACCUGUACCUGCGAGGGAUUGCGUGCGUCUUGCGCCGGCCGGGCAUGCGGCCUUCGGGGACGGAUGAUGGGGAUGCGGAUGCCAUGGCAACAGGCCGAUUAGAUCCAGACCUUUAUAUGCACAUUUAUUUAUUUAAUAUUUCAUUUGCAUGCGCUGCGCGCUACCGUGGACGUGCCGGCUCGACCUCUGAGUGUUGAGUCAGAGUGAGAAGUGAAUUUUCAGCUUUCAACUGGACUCAAUCGGCUCUGAACUGUAUAUGAAUGAGCAGCCGCCUUCAACGCUCAACAAGUUGUUUUAUUUUUAAGGAGGCUUUUGAAUUCAUCAGAGCGCACCGUUUCAUCUUGGAGGAGCGUAUUCUUUAAAAUAUAGAGCCUGUUCGGAGAGGGGAGAGGACACCGCCGUAUCCCUGUAGUCUGGACACAAUGUCAUUGAAAGUCGGCAGAAGUGGGAAUAGAUAGCAGCGGCUGCUGAUGAGAGAACACACGAUUUCAGGCGUCAGACUCUGAACACCUGACCAACUUAAUCCCGACAUCAGUUUAACAAACCAGCCCUGUUGUAGACUGGGGUUUCUCUCCUCUGGCUGUCUGAGCGCUUGAAUCACGGGCAGGCAACAUUUCGGCGCGCCUUCCAUCAUGAUGAGCGCUUUACCCGCUCGGAUACUGACAAUGACAACGUGCCGCCGAUUACGGGAAUAAAUGGGAUAGAUUUGGGGUAAAUUGCCUUGUUUCUGCCGUCUUGUGUGUCCCUGUCGUUGUGUUUUUUGUGUGCGUGUUUCUGGUGCGAGUCAGAAUGAUUCAGUGCGCCUCGGAGUGUGAGCGCCUGUGUGUGCCUAUUAUGUGCGUCCCUUAUGUCCAUUAACAACCAAUCCCUCCUGACAGAGGAUCAACUGUCCUUGUCAUUCAUCCGCGGAUGAAUGUUCCCCACCUUACCGCUCCAAUCAUCUCGUAGGCUAUAUAAUGAUAUAUGCAGGAAAUAGCCAAAUUGGGUGAGCAGCCUGGACAUAUAGGCUUCACAGACAAGACACCGACGGCCAAUGAGUGGCGAGCUCCGUUAUCUACAAAAGACCGGGAAUCCGGUGCCAACAUGACCGGCGUCGGAGCGUUGAGGGCGGCUGUGGAGAGGAGAGGGAGGGCCUCGGGGGGAGAGCGACGUUUCAAGGACGAGGAAGGAGGAAUGAUACAGAAACAUCUGUAAGGACAAAAGAGACUCUUUAAGACAAGAGCAAAAGUGAAGCUGCUGGCGUCACACCGGCAGGCUGAGAGAUUUAAUGUCUGGAUGGGGCUUUUUCCAAGGGCACUGAGGUAAGCAUGGCCACAUCGGCGGAGAGAGGGCGGAGGUGUGAGCUGUCGGCUCCAGGAGAAUGACUAGGGAUACAGAGACCACUUUUCUUUAGCUUCUUUAAUUUAACAUUCAGAUUGACAUUGACAGUCUCACCUAUGUACUCCAGACAGGUCAAUCACACUAAACAAUAGUUUUCUUGAAGAGGUGGGAGUUACAGGUUAUAUUCACCCUCCCCUCACCCUCCUCCUCCCUGAGCUGGGAUGGAUGGAGUGGCUGGAGGUGUGGGUACCCCCAGCAGCGGCGGGGGGUCUGGGGGCGAUAGCCUCCCCAGACGUAAUGGAGGGGACUCGAAGAGGCGCAGUAAGGGCAGCCUGCCCUCCCCAGGCUACAGGCUGUCCCAGGCCUCACUAGAAGGGGAAAGGGGCUCCUUCGGGGGAGACAGCACUUCAUUAGGUGGACGCGGCCGUCGCCUCUCCAUCAUGAGCUCCUCCACCAGAGAUGGCCUUCCCUUCCGCACAGCAGGCACCCCAACCACCCCAGUGCCCCUGCCACCUCCACCACCCGCCUCCUCUGCCACAGCCCAUCCUCCACCACGCUCAGUGGGCUUUGCCUCGUCCCGAGCUGCCCUAGCCUCCACCUCCUCCACUGGGACUGGAGUGAUGGUGGUGGCCACCGGCCUAGAGACCACCACCACCACGACCUGCAACACCACUGCAGCAGGGACCCCUGAUAUGAUGGGUCAGAUCGGAUUGGGUGGCUUUGGCAUGGGGCUGGACGGAGAGGACUACAGCACCUCCAACCAGAGCACCUUCAUCCAGAGACAGUUUGGAGCCAUGCUUCAGCCGGGGGUCAACAAGUUCAGCCUGCGCAUGUUUGGAUCCCACAAAGCUGUGGCACUGGAGCAGGAAAGACUGAAAUCAGCAGGGGCGUGGAUCAUACAUCCCUACAGUGACUUUAGAUUCUACUGGGACCUGUUGAUGUUAAUGUUGAUGAUGGGGAACUUAAUCAUCCUGCCAGUGGGCAUCACUUUCUUUAGAGAGGAGAACACUCCCUCGUGGAUCAUCUUCAACGUGGUCUCGGACACUCUCUUCAUGGUCGACUUGGUUCUCAACUUCAGGACCGGCAUCAUCAAGGAAGACAACACUGAGAUACUGCUGGACCCCAGGGCGAUUCGCCAGAACUACCUGAAGAGCUGGUUCCUCGUGGACUUUGUGUCAUCCAUCCCAGUGGACUACAUCUUCCUGAUGGUGGACAGUCUCGACACCGAGGUCUACAGGACAGCCAGGGCACUGCGCAUCGUCCGCUUCACCAAAAUCCUAAGCCUGCUUCGGCUGCUCCGCUUGUCUAGACUCAUCCGCUACAUCCACCAGUGGGAGGAGAUCUUCCAUAUGACCUAUGACCUUGCCAGUGCCAUGGUAAGGAUAGUUAACCUGAUCGGUAUGAUGCUGUUGCUGUGCCACUGGGAUGGCUGUCUGCAGUUCCUGGUCCCCAUGCUGCAGGAUUUCCCUCCUGACUGCUGGGUUUCCAAAAACCUGAUGGUGAAUGACACAUGGGGUAUUCAGUACUCCUAUGCUCUAUUCAAAGCCAUGAGCCACAUGUUGUGUAUCGGGUAUGGUGCCCAGGCUCCAGAAGGGAUGACUGAUGUGUGGCUCACCAUGCUCAGUAUGAUCGUAGGUGCCACCUGCUACGCCAUGUUCAUCGGCCACGCCACAGCUCUCAUCCAGUCAUUGGACUCCUCGCGACGACAGUACCAGGAAAAGUACAAGCAGGUGGAGCAGUACAUGUCGUUCCAUAAGCUUCCUGCAGAUGUUCGGCAAAAGAUCCACGAGUACUAUGAGCACCGCUUCCAGGGUAAAAUGUUUGAUGAGGAGAACAUCCUGGGAGAACUCAGCGAGCCACUCAAAGAGGAGAUAGUGAGCUUCAACUGUCGCAGCCUGGUGGCUAACAUGCCACUGUUUGCCAAUGCUGAUCCCAACUUUGUGACUGCUGUGCUGAUCAAGCUCCGCUUUGAGGUGUUUCAGCCUUCAGACUUCAUCAUCCGUGAAGGCACAGUUGGGCGGAAGAUGUACUUCAUCCAGCAUGGACGAGUCAGUGUGCUGACCCGUGGUAACAAGGAAACCAAGCUAAGCGAUGGGUCUUACUUUGGAGAGAUCUGUUUGUUGACUCGUGGACGGCGGACAGCCAGUGUCCGUGCAGAUACAUAUUGUCGUCUGUACUCUCUCAGUGUGGACAGCUUUAACGAGGUGCUGGAGGAACACCCGAUGAUGCGGCGUGCAUUUGAAACUGUUGCUGUUGACCGACUGGACCGUAUCGGCAGGAAAAACUCCAUGCUCCUGCGUAAGUCAUCCCAGGGUGGUUCUCUGGGGGGCAGUAUGGGUCGUGGUGGAGGUCGGGGUGGAGGUCCAGGAGCCGGAGGAGGCUUGGCAGCAGGCAGUCUGGGUUCCUGUGACAGCAUGCUGGUGCAGCAGAUUGUCAAACACGACAGCAUGCCGGCCAUGCAAGAAGCCAUUGCAGCUGCUGCUGCAGGAAGAGGCGGAGUCAUGGGAGGAAGUGGCACAGUGUCUCCUCGGCCACGCCCGGUCAUCUGGGCACCACUGGUCCAUGCCCCCCUGCAAACUGCAGCUGCCACCAGUAAUGUAGCCAUCGCCCUCAUGCACCAGCAGCAGCAACAACAGCAGCAGCUCCAGCACUUGCAGCAGCAUGCACUUGGUGGUACUUUCUUCCUGCCCUCCCCUCUUGUCUCUCCCUCUCCCUCCUCCUCUUUCCCUCUGUCUCCUCCUCGUGCUCCUGUGUUACAGCCCCUCCGCCCCUCUGUGAGCUCACUCAUCGGAAUGAUGACGAUGGGAGGGAUGGGUGGUUUGUCCCCAAGAGGUUUUCCUGCCUCUCCCUCAACCAUGGGCCCUCCUGGUGGGGUGACAUCACCCCCUAUUGCUAAAACUCCGCCCACACAAGCCUCCUCUGUCCCGACUUCCAUCCAACAAGGAAGGACUCUUCAUUACAGCCUCCGCCUCCAGGCUGAUCAUCCCUCUGUGAUUGCUGGAUCACUUGUAACCCCAACUCCACCCCUCCACAAGGUCGCUACCACCAACCCCCCUGCUGCUUCUGGUGCCCCGUUAGAUGGCAACACUUCUGUCACGGGCCAGCAGGGAGCAAAAGAAGCUUUGUUACGUCACGGAGGAAGCAGCUCUCAGUGUCUCCCAGCGCUGGGCAGACUCACCCAGGAGGCCAGGCUGCUGUCGGCCUCACAACCCACUCUGCCUCACCGCUCCUGGGCUGGAGUGCAGCCACACCCGCCUCUCCACCGCAAGGCCUCUGGUGGCAAUUUGCUGCCGGCUCCUUUCUUGGCAGGGCAGUUAGCCAGGGGAAGCAGUGCGGGCAUGCUGACCUCUAACGUUCCAGUACAGUUGGUGACAAAUAUACCGUUUAAUGUGCAAACACAAGUACAGGCCACAGUUCCUAUUCAGCCCACAGCCACAUACACACAGUCUGUACCCACACCUACAGCUGCACACAUGCCUUCUGUAGCUUCUUUGCCAUCUUCCUCCCCUCCAAAGCUGACUCCGCUUUCCUCUGCCACCCCUUCACCUGUACCCACCCCCUCAUCUCCUACACCUAUACUCUCCCAGCCACCACGUCCUAAACCAAUCCCAAUGACCGCCUCUCGUUCCUUCUCUCCUCCUCCUCCUUGCUCCACCCCUCCUUCAGCGGGAACACACCCGCUGUCGCUCUCAUCAACUCCUCGUCCCAAACCGCUCCAUACACCCUCUCCCCGCUCAUCAUCUCCCUCUCCCUCCUCCACACCGCCUCCAUCUUCUGUUUCUGCCCCUGUUCCCCUACCUCAAACUUAUGGGCACAAGUCAUCUCUCACCUCCUCUUCUCCCCCUUCCUCCUUGGUAACCUCUUUACCACCGCAUCCCCAGAGCCCCCGAGCCAAGGCAUCCAACACACCUCCCUCUGCCUCUCCACUGUCUGGCCCCAGUCCUGCACCAACCUCAAUCCCCUCUACAAUACCGACUCCCACUCAGACUACCCGCACCCGCACUUCUACCCCCUCCCAAACGCCUGCACUUACACCUGUUACUCCUACUCAGACCUUUACUCCUUCACCUUCCCCCUCUCCCAUCCCUGUUACACCUGUCCCCUCCUGUAGUAAGUCCCAGAGUCCAAUGCCUUCUGUCUCCAGCUCAGCCAAAGGCCCUACCUCGAGCCAGAUCCCAAAACAGGCCUCACCUCUAACCCCAACUCAAACUGCAUCCCCCACCCCAGCUAGCACUAGCUUUACAACUAAAGUAACUUUCUCAGUUCAUCCUGUGAAGCAAACCCCUCUUGUUGUAACUCAAAGCCCCACUUCAGGCUCCGGUCAUUCCACCAAAACAACCCCAUCCUCAACAACGUUGAAGAGCUCCACUAACCCCUCCUCUCUGACUACGACCCCUUCCUCUACCAUCACCUCUCCUAGUAUCCAGUCUGCCUCUGCUCAUCCCCCAAAACAAAUGCCAUCCACCACAGCUGCCCCUGCCCACUCAUCAAAACUCAAUACAACCUCUACCCCUGCCCAGACCUCUCAGGCAUCCACCACUACACCCACCCAGUCAGCACAUGCAGCCACCCCUGCCAACACCACCUCCCCUAAAGUUGGGAAAAAGGACCCUCAGCUGCCACUGGCCAGAAAAGACUCAGAGGGACUAAGACACAAACUGCCCGCCAACAUGUAAAAAAGAUCAAGAAGAAAAUCUUAAAGGACUUGUAGCCGUUACUGAUUAGCGGAGCCAUGGAUAUACAGAGUUGUGUCAGAGUUGGCACCAGACGUCCAUUGAUCUCAUGUGGACAGGUACAUCUUGUUUGCAUUCAUUCUAGGAUGUGAUUGUCUUAGAACAUCAGGUGUUCAUGUGACUCUCAACCAAGCCACUGAUGGAGGAUACAGACUCUUUAUGGGCCUGUUGAGUUGUAGGUGCAGGCAAUGGUUUGAGUAAAAGAAAAACCAUCCAAAUGUAUACAUACAUAUCUGUGUUAGUGUUUGUUGGAGCAAGCAGGGGAGCUGAAGUGGAAACAGUAAAAUGGGAUGGAAGCAAUAGCUGAGAGUCAGAAAAAAAAGGUAGUAUAUGUGAAAAGUCUCCAUUUUCUUGACAAUGGAAACAGCAAUACAUGUGAAACAUUGAAGACUCUCCUAAUGUGACAGGAAAUGACCUUGACAAUAAUAAUAAAUGUGACAAAAUAAUAAUCUUCCUGAUGUUGGGAAGUAAGUCUACUGUGAUGUCAGUUUUAAAUGCAGGCAAUAGUACAGACACUUCCUGGUUUCCAGCUCCAACCCCCUCUUGCUUCCCAUUCUGCACCAAAGUGUAAUAUUUUCUCAUCUGAAUAAUAAUAAUUAUAAGGAUAUAGAGUUUAAAAAUCACUGUAAAGUCGAUACUCAUAUGAAUUUGAAUAAUUAGGAGCAGUCCACUGGUAGUUUUGUUGUCCCAGGUGUGUGGUGUUUAGUUUUUAAACAAAGACAAAACUUUUUAACCUACAUGUUCACUCUGACGACUUCUGUAAAUUGUGUUUUUUGUGUGACAAACAAUCCUGCUCUGCUCUGCUGUGCUGACUUGAUUUUGUUCCGCCCGGCUCCCUGUACUGUGAAUACGUGCCUCUCUGUGGGUCUGUUGUACGCUUCCUCGCUCCUCAGCCUCUGAGUCUUUCAUCUGUUGUCUGUCUCGCUGCCUUUCAUCUGAUUUCACAGCUCUGGUCGCUAACUGUUUCUGUGACGCUCACAGACUCUCUCCCUAUCUCUCGGUUUGCCCGACACUUUGCUCUCUGCUGCCAUCAGCCUCAUGUUCAGUUUGCUCCUCCUUCUGUUGCCCUACGACAUUGUUUCAGCACCAUUUCCAGUGAUGUUUGAUGUUUUGUGUGGGUAGCAACAAGACAUUUCUGUCUUAACCCCUGAUACCAUGUUGCCUAGACUAUAUAUUAAAGGACCAAAUGUUUUAUUUUUUAUUUAUCACAGCUUUAGCUUUUAAACAGGAAAAAAAAUAGCUAAUUAUGCUGUCACAAUGAAGAUUCUGAGCGUGGUGUGGAAGAUAAUGAUGAUUAUUGACAACCAUGAUGGUGACGAUGGUGAUUAUGAUGAUGGUGUAUAUCUGGAUGUAAGAAUAAAGCGGAUUUAGAUAUCA